GUUUUCAAGAAGUCCACACACGCACACUGCCCAUUUGAGAGCAAUGAGCUUGCUUGUGCGGUGCAGCUUCUCAGCCCACGCCAUGUGUACGUUGAUGAGACCCUGGACCCCGGAAUUCCCAGCACGCUUACGAGUCAAGCUGCGGGGCUGCACAUCUCAACUCGACGGUCUCCACACCAAUGCUCCCUCCAAGAGCCGCGAUACACCGCCCGGGAUGGCACUGUGCCAGCACCGGCUGCCCAUUUCCAGUCGUGUGGAGUCGAGAGUGCAGCCUCCUCAUGCAUGCCAAGCGACAUGGAACGGAUGCGCAGCCCAGCUCUCCCCGUGCGCUGUGAGCGACACACUCCUUAAACAUGCUGGUACUCGGCUCUCGGAAUCUGUUCUUCCCAAGUUUCACUGAACGGGGACGACUUCUAUCGGGUCUCCAGUCUUCUUCUGCAACAAAGUUUCCGGCAAAUCUCUGGAACAAGUGGAACCCACUCGUCCUUCCUCGAGAUGGCCACCAAGUCAAGCAGCGAUGGCGAAAAUGCCGUACCAGUAGAGUAUGAGAAAGAAGGUCCAACUUCUGUCGCCACCCAGCAAGUCGAGGCAGCCGAUAUCGAUGCCAAAGAUUUGCCUAGAGGUUACUUCCUUAAACCUUACUUUGUGGGAACGUUACUGGCCUCUGGCCUUUCCGUGUCCGGGGGUGUUGGGGUAUUUGCUCUUGUAGCACCACUGCUUGGGAUUAUCAACAAUGAUAUUGGUCCCGAUCCCAACUAUGUCUGGAUUGCACUGGUCUAUAUACUUACUCUUGCUAUUGGACAAGUUCUCGUCGGCCGUCUGUCAGAUUUGUUUGGACGGAGAUGGUUUUUUAUAUUAGGAUCUCUUCUAGCUCUCUUGGGCUGUGUCAUUAGUGCAGUCGCAACGAGUAUCAAUAUGCUCAUUGGUGGAACUGUAUUAGUCGGAUUUGCAGCAGCGUCCCAACUUUCGUACGUAUUCGUCGUGGGGGAACUUAUACCUUUCAAGCAUCGAUUCCUCAGCAUGACAUUCCUAUAUUCCUGGGCGGUCCCUUUCUCGGGAUUUGGUCCAGCGAUAGCGUACGUCUUUGUGCAGCACACAAAACACACAUGGCGAUCAUGCUACUAUCUCAUGAUUGGAGUCAAUGGUUUGGCCGUAAUUUGCUGGGUUUUGUUCUAUUUCCCGCCCACAUUCGACCAAAAGUACGCACAUAGAAAGACGAAACGCCAAGUUCUUCAGGAUUUCGACUUCAUUGGACUGGUAUUGCUAGUCGGUGGUUUGUUAAUCUUUCUUAUGGGCAUUUCUUGGGGAGGCUCACUCUAUCCGUGGAAAUCUGCGCAUGUUAUUGCAACAAUCAUCGUCGGUUUCUUCACCCUGGUUGUUUUCACUCUCUACGAGGCUCUAGUACCGCUUAAGGAGCCCUUAGUUCCCAUGUACCUCUUCAAGAACCUUCCAUGGGUGGCAACCAUGUUUAUGGUUGCCCUUGGAGCAACUGUAUAUUUCGCCUUCUCUAUUGUCUGGCCGACGAUGGUGUUCUCGUUGUAUACGAACGACUUGACAUACGGGGGCUUGCUUUGCACCAUUACUGGAUGUGGUACAAACAGCGGUCAGAUUGUUUGCGGUCUUAUUUGCCGCCGGCUAGGGAAGCAGAGGAUUCAAGUAAUCGUAGCAGCGACAUGUAUGGGAACAUUCCUUGGAGCUUGCGCCUGCGCGACCCCAGACAACCGAAGCACGAUUAUCCCAUUACUCUACCUCGGCUGCUUCUGCAUGGGCUACGUGGAGACUGUCGGCACCACUAUUAUCGGAAUUACAUGCAGAGACCAGGCUGAGAUUGGAACUGCCGUUGGUGUUGGGGGCUCAAUGCGUUCUACCGUGUCAACAAUUGGAUCAGCUAUUUAUACAGCCAUCCUCACUAAUCGCCUGGGAAAGACUAUUCCAAGUGAAGUGCCCCCGAAACUCAUUGCGGCAGGGUUGCCCGCUUCGUCUGUUAAGGCAUUCCUGUCUGCAAUUUCUCUAGGAACUCCUUUCACUGACGUUCCGGGAAUAACUCCAUCUAUCGAGGCUACAGGGAUUGCAGCUUACAAACUUGCAAGCUCUCAUGCAUACCGCACUGUUUUCUUUUCAACGAUUGCAUUUAGCGUUUGCUGUGUUAUCUGUGCUUGCUUCACACCGAAUGUUGACGAUCGGAUGACGGACAAAGUGGUAGCAACACUCCACCGCAACGACGAGGAAGUCGCAAAGAAGUAAUGGUAAUGUUUGACGCAAAUUAUGUUUCAUCAGGAAUCAUCUUGGUUUUGUUUACGGCAAAGGAAGGAUGCACAGCCUUAUGCAUUCGCUUAAAAGGCUCGUUCGGUGGAGAUUGGUUGACUUAACUGGAAUUUUCCAAAACAAUUGAGACUGAUUCAGGCAAGUAGUACUACG